AUGUCUGAGUACAGCUAUGCACCGCGGCACCGUACGCGGGAGCCAGAGUACGUCACCGAGACCACGUACAUUGAGCGCGGUGGUCGCGGAGGCGGGGUACGAGAUCUCGUCUACCGCCCCGCGCGCGAGGACAGCAUCGAAGAAAUCCCCCGCGACUUCCCUCCUGGUGCCGAGUAUAGGCAAACCAAGUACCGCGAGGAGUAUGCGCCUCCUCGCCGCACCCGCUCAGUGAACCGUGGCUACGACGACGACUACUAUGACCGCCCCCGCCGACGUGACCGCGACUAUGAUGACCGCUCCGAGUACUCGGAGCGCCCCAAUAUGCAGCGCCGCAAGUCCAUCGUCGACAAAGUCAAAGACUUCGGCGAGUCAGCAGGCCUAGGAGGCAUCAUUGGCGCAGUCACCGGUGGCGGUCGCGACCGAUCACGCUCCCGCCCUCGUCGUGACGACCGUGGCUAUGAUAGCGACAGAUACGGAUACUACGAUGACCGCGACCGCCGAAGCAGCCGAUAUGGCUCGCGUUCGCGCAGCCGCAGCCGGGGAGGACGCAAGUCUGAGAAGUGGGAGCAAGCCGCCAAAGCCGCCAUCGUCGCCGGUGCCGUUGAAGCCUUCCGCAGCCGCAAAGAAGCCGGUCCAUGGACUGGUGCUAAGGGCCAACGUGUCGCAACUGCCGCUCUCGGUGCUGCCGGUAUCGACGGUCUCAUCGACAGAGACCCUGGCAAGCACGAGAAGAGACAUGUCGCCGAUGAGGGAGGAAACAACGGUCUCGCCAAGGUAGCGGGUACCGGUGCUGUGCUUGCAGCAGGCAAGGCUCUAUACGACCGUGUGCGCUCCAAGUCUCGUUCCCGGCGCGAGCGAUCCCGCUCUUCCAGCGCCGACAGCUAUGUGCCAUCACGUAGAGGCAACCGCCGCUCGUACAGCCGAGGCCGCGGUAUGGACGACCAGUAUUCCGAAGCCCCUUCCAGGACUAACCCAGAUCGCAGACUAGCCGCCGCCGGCGGGGCAGGCGCAGGUGCUCUAGCAGCACAGGGUGGAGGAGCAGAUCGGGGCCGACGGGACUCUAGCAGUGAUUCCGAAUCGUCCACCGAUAUGGAGGAGAAGCGCAAGAAGCUACGAGGUAAGGAACUCCUCACUGCGGGUCUAGCCACUGUGGCCACCAUCCAUGCGGCGCACGGAGUCUACUCUUCCAUGGUUGCCUCGGAAAACCGCCGCAAGCUUGUUGGCGAGGGCGAAAUGUCUCCCGAAGAAGCGCGCAAACGCAAAUCCAAAAAUAUGCUUCAAGACGCUGCCGCUGUGGGUAUCGCCGCUCUCGGUAUCAAAUCAGCCUACUCUGAAUGGAAAGAGAUGAACGAGCAGCGCCACAGCGUCAAGGAGCUUGAGACGCGCCGCCGCAAGAGGAGAAAGCAACGUGAACGACGCGAAAAAGAAGCCCGUCAAAACGCCUUGGGAGGCAACAUGAAUGGAGCAGUCGCUAAUCCGUACGCAUAUCCUGUAGCAGCCAGCCAGCCUUACCCUACGUCCUAUGCGGAUGCGAAUCCCUACGGUAGCUCGGUACCGCCACCACCUAUGGGUGCGAGGUAUUAG